AACAUCGAUAUCAUCAUCAGUGUGCCGUCUCUAUACGGCAAAUGUUGUCUUUUCUUAGGUCUUCUUAGAAUUACGCUAUUUAAACAUAUUUAAGUGAGUUAUUACUGCAUUUACUGAAAUGAGCGAUGUGCUGAAGAGCUCCCAGGAGCGAUCUCGCAAGCGGCGAUUACUUUUAGCGCAAACUCUUGGUUUGUCUAGUGUAGAUGAGCUGAAAAAGGUCCUGGGCAAUGCAGAGGACAUUAACAGCAGCCGUCAACUAAAUUCUGGUGGGCAGCGCGAGGAGGAGGAUGGUGGAGCCUCCUCCUCCAAAAAAACCCCCAAUGAAAUCAUAUAUAGAGACUCGUCCACAUUCCUCAAGGGAACACAGUCUUCCAAUCCGCACAAUGACUACUGCCAGCACUUUGUGGACACAGGUCAGCGUCCCCAGAACUUCAUUCGCGAUGUGGGGUUGGCUGAUCGCUUCGAGGAGUAUCCCAAACUGAGGGAACUGAUCAAAUUAAAGGAUAAACUUAUCCAGGAUACGGCAUCUGCACCUAUGUACUUGAAAGCGGAUCUUAAAUCACUUGAUGUUAAAACCCUGGGCGCUAAGUUCGACGUUAUAUUAAUUGAGCCGCCGCUGGAGGAAUAUGCCAGGGCUGCUCCGUCGGUGGCCACUGUGGGUGGAGCUCCUCGAGUCUUCUGGAACUGGGAUGAUAUACUUAAUUUGGAUGUGGGUGAGAUUGCCGCCCAUCGUUCGUUUGUGUUCCUGUGGUGUGGCUCCUCGGAGGGCUUGGACAUGGGUCGCAACUGCUUGAAGAAAUGGGGAUUCCGCAGGUGCGAGGACAUCUGUUGGAUUCGCACUAACAUUAACAAACCUGGACACUCCAAGCAGCUGGAACCCAAGGCAGUUUUUCAGCGCACCAAGGAGCACUGCCUGAUGGGAAUCAAAGGAACUGUUCGCCGUUCCACAGACGGCGAUUUUAUUCAUGCCAACGUGGAUAUUGAUUUGAUCAUCUCGGAGGAAGAGGAGUUCGGUAGCUUCGAGAAGCCCAUCGAGAUCUUCCACAUUAUUGAGCACUUUUGUUUGGGUCGACGACGCUUGCAUCUUUUCGGCAGGGACUCGAGCAUCCGGCCAGGUUGGCUAACUGUGGGUCCGGAACUGACAAACUCGAAUUUCAAUUCGGAGCUGUAUCAAACGUACUUUGCUGAAGCCCCUGCCACGGGAUGCACCAGUAGAAUUGAACUCCUAAGGCCCAAGAGUCCUCCACCGAAUAGCAAGGUAUUAAGAGGAAGAGGACGCGGUUUUCCACGUGGUCGUGGAAGGCCCAGAUAACCAGAUUUUCACUCAGCAACUGCAUGUAUUCUAGUGUCUAAGAUCAAAACUUUUUAAGGCUAAAACUAUGACUAAGAUUAAAGACUAAUGCUGCA